UUUUUUUUUUUUUUUUUUUUCAUCUUCUCCUCCUUAACUUUUCUUACCUUCUCCUGAAAGUCAUGACAAGUCUCAGUGAGACUGGACGGAGAGAAGCCAGAAGGGCUGAGUGGAGCAGGAAGGAGGGAACCAGCCUGAACUUCAGCUACAUGAAUCGCUCAAUGAGCGGCUGAGAGCCAGGUAUUGAUUUGAAGCUGUGUGUGCUGAAAGGUCCCAGUCCUGAAAAAUGACUCAGUCUGUGCAAGUUAACCCAAAGCUGCCUGACCUCAAGGAUCCACAAUGCAUUGAAGAUCUGGGCUCUCCAUUUAUCUACUCCAGUCAGGAGGAGGCUGACCAGCCAGGCUCCUACUCCGUCCAGACUCCGUAUGGUUUCCAGCUGGAUCUGGACUUCCUUAAAUAUGUAGAAGAGAUAGAAAGUGGACACAAUCUCCGUCGGGCACCAGUCGGCUCCCGCCGCUCUGGCCGAGGGCCCAAACUCUCACAGAGGAGUGUCGGGGGACGUACCAGUGGCUGGACAUCCACAGAGUCUCUGGCGUCCCCGGCCAGUGAGGAUGGCAGAGCUCCUCCGCCGCCGCCACCACGCCACCGCCUUGGGUCAGCACCCUGCGAAACGCUCUCUCUUUCCCCUGUGACCCUGCUCAGUGUUCCUCCUCUGUCUGCCGGAGCCAAAGUGCCACCUCCUCCACCGCAGCGCAACCCUAGAGUGGAGCGGACUCUUCUGGAAACCAGCCAGCGUCUACAACAGGAACAAACCCACCAGCACCAGAACGGUGGGCGCUUCCAGCUCGCAGAUCCUCCCAAACAGCUCUUACCCUCUCCAUCCACUCAGCCUCUGCAAAGUAGCUGGACUAAACCUAGUCCUCAGACCUCUGGGCGAAGCACUCCAGCUGCUGGUACCACAACGACUCCAAUCGCACCCAGCCACCUGCAAACAGUCAGAGAGCAGAUGGCUAUAGCCUUGAAACAGCUGAAGGAGAUGGAAGAGAGGGUAAAGGGUGUUCCUGCACUUGAGAAAGAGGUGGCCAAGCUUCGUGCAGAGAAAGACAUGCUCCUGUUAGCCCUGCAAGAGAAGAAAGUAGCCAUGAAGGUGGCCCAACAGAAGCAACAGUCCACAGAGUCUUCUACCCAAACCACAGAGAUCCUUCAAACUGACCACAGUAUCCACAGUCGAUUGACUGCACCAACCUCACCUGGACAUAAAGGCUUGGGAAGAUCUGGUGAGCUGAAAAGGCUGACUGAGAAAUUUGAGGGUAAAGAAGAGAAAUCUACAGAACCUUCAUCAAAGGUUUUAGUAAAAGCUCCAGAAAAAGUGUCUGUUGCUGAGAAGAAAGCAGUGGCUGUUGGGGGCGACAUGCCAAUGGACUCUGUUGUUUUCUACUACAGCCAGGGUGUGAAAGAUGCUUCUGAGGGCACAGAGGUAAAUGUUUAUGAGAAAGGCACAGGAACUGAGGCUCCUCUGGUUCAUGAGGAGGGAGUACAGGCCAGUGUGGAGACAGAAGAGGCUGAGGUUUGGGUUAUGGAGUCACUACUUGGGCUGACCAGCGAAGCACAGCGGGAGAUUGACACCUUACAGGACACCAUUAAAUUCCAGCAGGAGUCCAUUGUGGCUCUAGAGGACCGGUUGAGUGUGGCCGACAAAGACAUGGGGAUCCUUAAAGCCCAGAUGGAAGAGAAAACCAAAGUCACGUUUGAGAAGGGGGUUCUUGCAAAACCGGAUGUGACGAAUGUCCAGGUAGAGACAUUGACUGCUGCAUUAAAACAUGCUGCAGUUUUGUGCCGUCCUGAGGUGAACGAUGCAUGUGUGGGUGAGAACUUAACAGCGGAUCAGAUUGAACAAUUCACCCAGACUGAUGAUGUAGUGGAAACGGCAGAACCAGCUCCUGUUGCACUGGUCAGCACUGGGUGCCAAUGGGAGAACUUGUUUGAGGAGCAAAAAGUUACAGUCCCAAAGAAGAGACAGUUGACCAUUGCUGAAUAUAAGGUGUCACCAUUGGAAGAGGUAGUAAGUAUGGCGGAGAAGAAAGAGGAAGACCAAGGAGAGAAGACUGCAGCCAGCAACACCAGGACAGGUAUGCUCAAAUCAAUCAUGAAGAGGAAGGAUGGGAGUAACUCAGGCGAGAAUCGCACUGCUGGCAAGAAGAGCCUGCAGUUUGUUGGCAUUCUGAAUGGAGGGUAUGAAUCUACAUCCAGUGAAGAAGAGGAUGAGGAAGAGGAGGAAGAAGAGGAGGAAGAUGGGAGUUCCUCUGGAGAAAGUGGAGAAGGUGAGUGCUUGGACAGCACAGAGGAGGAUGAGGCGACUCUUGAGGACGAAACAUCAGAGGAGGAAAGAAACGUCAACAUGGACGAGAGUGACACUGAUGAGGAAACCCUGAGAGCCACAAAUUAUUCAUCUGAUGCUGUGAAAGAGAAGUUUGAGCUGAGCUCAAAAAUGCGUGAAGCGUGCCUCAUUCUGAAGAACCACCUGAACGAUGACAUUAAAACACUGAAGAGUAAGGAAGUGCUCUCCAGCACCCACACAGUCCAACUAGAGUGGUUCCGUAUCUCCAGCGCCAAGAUGGCUCAGCCUUCACGGGUCUCAGACUACUUGAUGGCGUUCUCUGAGGUGUCGUCAGUGCUGCUGGAGCACGUAGUCAACAUGACCGACGGCAACGGCAACACAGCUCUCCACUACAGUGUGUCACACUCCAACUUCGGUGUGGUGGGGCUGCUGUUGGACACAGGUGUGUGCAGUGUGGAUAAGCAGAACAAGGCGGGCUACACAGCCAUCAUGCUGGCUGCUCUCUCUACUGUGAAGGAGGAGUUGGACAUGGCUGUAGUCAAGAGGCUCUUCAGUCAGGGGAAUGUCAAUGCCAAGGCCAGCCAGGCGGGCCAGACAGCGUUGAUGCUAGCUGUUAGCCAUGGUCGGCAGGAGAUGGUGCGUGCGCUGCUGGAGUGUGGCGCUGACGUGAACGUGCAGGAUGACGAAGGCUCCACAGCUCUGAUGUGUGCCAGCGAACAUGGCCGUGCUGAGAUUGUCAAACUUCUCCUGGAACAGCCUGGUUGCGACAUAUCCAUUGUUGAUAACGAUGGCAGCAAUGCUCUGUCCAUCGCACUGGAGGCGUCUCACAACGACACAGCUGUGCUGCUCUACGCCCAUAUGAACUAUGCUAAGACCCAGCCUGUUGUGGGGAGUCCAAAGGCCCAGCCUAGGAGCCCCACAAGUCCCCACAAGUCCUGGCCUUCAGACUGAAGGAUCAUGGCUGCUGAUGUAGAUGGACAGAUCAGCAAACAUAACUGGAUCUGAGCUGUGAAAAGCUCCACUGGAAUUUACUUAAUUAUAUAUAUGUAUUUAUAUAUUGCCAUAUGUCCUGCAUUUAUAAGUAUUGUUAAUAUGAGAAUAUAAUUUUUCCAUAAACGUUGUGAAUGGUUAUAUAAUAUACUUGACUAAUAUGAGCUCCUAGCAUGUCUAAAUGAGGUCUUCAGCUUGUUUUUUUUUUUUUUGUGACAGAAGAUGAGACUUUUACAUUUAUUAUUUGCACUCCACUAAUAUUUUUACUGUUACGGGCAACACACACCAGUGGGAUAUGAUGCACUUAAAUAAAAUCUGAACCAAUAACUUUUCUAUGUCAGCCCAUACUGACAUCACAAUAUGUGUCAAGAGACGUCACGGUCUAUAAUAAAUCUUUUAGUAAAGCAUCAAUACUGCAGAAAAUGUAUCAUAUUAUUAGCUCCCUGGUUUGGCACAUCCUGGCUACUCCAUCUUGACUACUUCUGUCUGCAUAUCCAGUGUGUACUUUAGAUAUCACACGAUUCAGCCGGUGUGUGUUGUUUUCUCUUUUUGUGCUGCCUUGGUUAACUGAUCUGUGAACCUCUUCACCUUCAUAGUCUGCACUAACUGUCUGUGCAUUGUAUGCUCAUAUAUACUGUAUAUUCAUGUCUGAAAUAAACAUAUUUACAUAAACGUUGAA